AUGCCCUCCCUCACACUACCGCUGCUCUCUCCCCCCACCACCACCGACGUUUCGUCGCCCACGCCCAAAAAGACGCCCAAAAAGCUCCGACGCAAGAACCCCCCGCCAUCGCUCACCACCGCGCACCAGCGGCUCCCCUCAUCCGCCGGCUCAUCAACAUACUCGCGGCCCUCAUCGAGCAAAUCCAACCCCCCGGAUGCCAGCCACCAGGCAUGGACAGCGUCUCACCCAGCCUCCCAGCAGGGCAGGAGGGGCAGCGAACCGCGCGCUGGCGAUUGGUCGGCGCAGACGGGCGACUUCCCCCUUGGGCAUCCUCCUCCAAUACCGGCGGCGCUGUACUCGGGACUGAUGACGCCCCCGCCCGAAUCGGAGGUUCGGCAGGGGAAGCAGAUUCAGGUGGAGGUUCAGAUGCAGGGUCAGCAGCAGCAGAAUCAGAAUCAGAAUCCUGGGGCAUCACCGAGAUCGGUAUCUUCCGUGUACAGCUCACCACCUGCGUCGUCGAACCAAGAGCGCUUCCCAGCAAAUGUCCAACAGACACCGCAGACUGUACAGCAUGUCCAGCAGCCUGCAAUCCACGCAUCGCCGCCCCCACAGGUUAUAAGGGGGAAGGGCAGGGACGCAUUCAAGGCCUUCUCGUACGACUCGUACAAUAGCCCGUCUGUCCCUCCCUCGACCUCAUCUUCGCUCCUUCCUCCUCCUCCUCCUCUUCCCCAGAUAUCAUACAUCCCCAACGCGCAGCACCCGAAUAAUCUGUUCGCAUCAGUGUCGCCGCCGCCAGCUAAUAACUAUAAUACUACUACUAAUAUGCACACGAGAUCCAAGACGCUCCCGUCGAACCUGGACCUGACAGAUCUGGCGCCGCCGCCAAGAAUCCUGGCGCGUACGCCCAACGGGUCGCCGAUCCUGCCGCCGCUACCGUCGUUUCAGUCUGGCGGAUUUGGAUUCGAUCUGCCGGGCGUCGCCACGGGCGCCGCUGCUGCUAACAAUGCUAUUAAUAAGAAUGACAACACCGCGCACCACCAGCCAAAGGCAUCGCCGACGUAUUCUGGGCGCCAGAAGUAUCGCCCCACGUCGCUCCCGUCCCCAACGGCGCCGCCAGUCCCGGAUAGGAAGCGCCCGUCAAUGUACUUUCAUCCAGAGCCCGAGCCAGCGCCAGCGGGGGAGUCGGCGGAGCCCGCGCAGCAGGGAGAGUAUAUCUGCCAUGCGAUAACGGCGGAGGAGCCCAUCGCGCUGCCGUCGUCAGCCGAGCACACGCCGUCGCCGUCGCCGCCGACAGCGAACGAGGAGUUUGAGCAGCAGCCGCCGGCGAAGGGGCGGGUGAGGAGGAAGUCGGACGCGGUGAGCUCGUUCCUGGGCGGGUGGAAGCUGACGAUGAUGGGGGGUGGGAACUCGUCGUCGACGGCGCGGAACGAGAAGGCGCUGAGCAGCGGGAGCGAGAGCGAUGUGUCGCCGGUAGGCGUGGGCGAUGGCGGCGGGUGGAUCCAUAGGCGGAAGGGCAGCUUUUCCAGCACGAGGCCGCCGAGCAGGGAGAGGUCGAAGCAUGGUGCGUAUGCGCAGGAGUAUAAGGAGUUUAGGGCGCAGAAGGCGGCGGAGAGCGCUACGGCGUCGUCAAAGAGGGCGUCGCAGACUGCGUUGAGGGAGGGGAGUGUCGCGCCUGUUGCGCCGGCUAGUCCGGUGGAGGGCACGGGGGUCAGUGGGAUUCUGGGCGGGAUGGCGACAAGGGAGCGGAAUGCGGAGAAGGCGAAGGAGGGGAGGAGGACAAAGAGGGAAAGUGGUCGGUAUUCGUCAUCUUCGGACAGCAGCGCGCCGCCGGUGCCGGUGGUGGACCCGAGUAAGAUUGCGUCGGCCAGUGAUGUUGUGAGCCUGGAUGUAGCGGUGAGACAGAUGCAGCUGCUGGAGAGCCAAUUGAAGAAGGGACGCCCACUGAGUCCCCCAGACUCAAGAGACGGUGAAAAGUCGGAGAGCGACAGAGGAUACCAGGCUAGCUCUGAAUAUAGUCAGACCACCGCUGCUACAAACUCACGCCAGGGCUCGGCAGACAGCUCACAGCAGAACUCAGGCUCAUCGUCGCCCGCCGGAAGCAUCAACCAGAAGUUCCAGGUCCUCCCCGCGUCACAGGCAUCGUCUUCAAAGCAGCAGCAGGUCUCGGACUCAACAGGAAAGGGCAAAUCGCGCUCCCCGCUCCGCAACGAAAUCGACUCGGAGAGCGUCUCGGGCGACGAGAAGAAGAAGCUGGAGCAGCCAAAGAGCAUGGGGAAGCACUCAUCGAGCAGCUCGACAAUCAAGCAGCAGCAGGACUACUUCUCGAGGCCCAAGAGCUCCGGUGCCGCGUUGGAGUCCGGGUCGGCGGGGUCGUCGGGGUCGAGGCCGCCGACACCACCGAAGCCGAUUGCGAAGCUGUUUGUCAUCUGCUGUAGGUGCAAGUAUUGGCAUGAUCUGCCGAGCGUCAUGUAUAGGGGCAUGGUGGAGAAUGGGGGCGCGACGAGGUGCCCGUAUUGUUUGCAUGGGAUGGAGGUCUCGUGUUGUGCUGGGUGA